AUGCCAUCUAUACCAAUCAUCGUCAAACAUGCGGGCAAACGCCACGAAGUCGAGCUCGAUCCCGAAGCCAACGGCGAAACCUUGAAAUAUCAGCUAUUCUCCCUGACUGGUGUUGAACCUGACCGCCAAAAGGUCCUGGUGAAAGGUGGCCAACUCAAGGAUGACACUCCCCUCGCCUCCCUCAAGGCCAAGCCAGGACAGACUUUCAUGAUGAUGGGCACGCCAUCCGGGGGUCAAGGUGCUGCUGAUCUUGGUCGCCCUAAAGAGGUCGUCAAGUUUUUGGAGGAUAUGACAGAGGCUGAGGUUGCGCAGCAAGAGGGAGCGACUCCUGCUGGUCUACAAAACCUAGGCAAUACCUGCUAUUUGAACUCUACUCUCCAAACUCUCCGAGGUAUCCCUGAGCUGCAGGAAGAGCUUCAGCGGUAUCAGGCGAGUGGCUCUUCUGGACAGUCUGGCCUUGCGGACCUCAGCAGCUUUGGUCUGAGCGGCUUGGGUGGCUCAAGUGACCUGACUGCCUCCCUUCGGGACCUGUUCAAGCAGAUGUCCGAAACGCAAGAGGGCAUCCCCCCACUCAUGUUUCUGAAUGCCCUCCGAACUGUCUUUCCUCAGUUUGCUCAAAGGGAUCGCAAUGGCCACGGCUACGCACAGCAGGAUGCCGAAGAAGCAUGGUCUCAGAUUGUGAAUCAACUGCGCAACAAGCUGACCAUCACUGAUGGAAGUGGGGAUUCUGCGUCCCGUGUAUCUUUUGUUGAUAAGUACAUGGCCGGUCGAUUUGACUCGGUCACCGAAUGCGACGACCCCACUGCUAAGGCAGCCGGCGAGGAAGCCACCAAGUCCUCUGAUGUUUUCUUCAAGUUGGAUUGCCACAUUGGAAAGGAGACCAACCACCUUCAAGAUGGUAUCAUGGCAGGCUUGGAAGAGCAGAUUGAGAAGCAGUCCCCGACACUCGACCGCAACGCUUUGUAUACGAAGCGGUCGCGUAUCUCUCGCCUGCCGACCUAUCUCGCGGUUCAUUUUGUGCGUUUCUUCUGGAAACGUGAGACUCAGAAGAAGGCCAAGAUCAUGCGUAAGGUAACCUUCCCAGCCGAGCUUGAUAUUGUGGAAUUCUGUACCGAGGAGCUUAGGAAGAAACUCGUGCCUGUUCGCGACAAGGUUCGGGAGAUCCGCAAAGAUGAAUUGGAUGUCGAGCGAUCUCGCAAGCGCCAGAAGCUGAACAACAAGCAAGUGGAGGACCAGAGCAAGGAAGAGGAGGCUGGAGCUAAAUCAAGCAAGGAGCCGAUGCAGAAGAAGAAAGAAGCUACAGAGACUAAGAGCAAGACCAACGACAAGGACGGCGACACCGCGAUGGAAGAGAAUUUCAAGACCGAUGCCGAGUACGAGGCGGAGAAGAUGGAGGAUAUCAAGGCUGCCAAGAAGGAGCUCUAUGAUCUGAUCAACCAGCACUCUUCUGGAGACAGUGGAAACAACCAGUCUGGCCUGUAUGAGCUUCGAGGUGUCAUCACCCACCAGGGUGCCAGUGCCGAUAGCGGUCACUACACCGCGUAUGUGAAAAAGCAGGCCCGCAAAUCAAAUGGCUCUCAGCCCGGUGACAAGCGCCGUGAGGAGGAGGAGGAUGGCAAGUGGUGGUGGUUCAACGACGACAAGGUGACCGAAGUAGAGGCUGAGAAAAUCGAGACACUCUCCGGCGGUGGCGAGACCCACUCGGCUCUCAUUCUGCUCUACCGAGCUAUCGAUCUCCCUAAGUUGGCGGAGUGA